UCCUCCAUUAACUGAACUAAACAACCUCUCUUAAACUGAAACUCUGAAACCAACCUCCGCCACCAUCUGCAACUCUCUGCACUGUCCCCGCUUCCUUCCACGGCCACGGCGGCGGCCAUCGCCGCCGUCGGCGAUCUCGCCCUGCUCCAUCCCGCUCUCCCGUUUCCAAUCCCCCAACCGGAGCAGAAAUGGCCAUCUCCUCCGCCCUCUCCUUCCUCUCCGAUCGCAAGCGCCCUAUCGUUGUUUCCGUCUUCCUCUUCCUCCUCCUCUCAUCCCUCUUCCUCCUCUUCAGCCCCGCACCUGCCGCGCUCCCUUUCUUCUCCUUCCCCUCCUCUCACCUCUCCUCCUCCUCCUCCUCUCCUAUCGCCGCCACGCCGCCACCCCUGACUCCAGUUUCCGUCCCCGCCAACGCAUCUUCACCGGAGACCCCAGUUGACGCGUCCGGUGGGAGCAACGCUGGCGCCACCGCACCCACCAGGGACGCUCCUCAGCCAGAUCGCAGUCGGAGCACGCCCCCUGCCGCCGUCGGAGUGCGUGGAUCGGCGGGCACCAACGGAACCAGCAGGGGCGUCUCGGCCGGCGGCGAUGGAGCAGGAGCAGCAGCGGCGGCGGCGGCAGGUGUGGCGGUGCCGUCGUGGGAGGUGUGCGAGGUGGGGAAGGGAGUGGUGGCCGCGGACUACAUACCGUGCCUGGACAACGUGAAGGCGGUGAAGGCGUUGAAGUCGCUGCGUCACAUGGAGCACCGGGAGCGCCACUGCCCGACGGCGCCGAGGCCGAGGUGCCUCGUGCCGCUGCCCACGGGGUACCGGUCACCCUUGCCGUGGCCGCGCAGCCGUGACAUGAUUUGGUACAAUAAUGUCCCUCAUCCAAAGUUAGUGGAAUACAAGAAGGACCAGAACUGGGUUAGGAAGUCUGGCAAUUAUUUUGUUUUCCCUGGAGGUGGAACUCAAUUUAAAGCUGGUGUGACUAAAUACAUUCGAUUUAUUCAACAGAUCAUGCCAAACAUUGAAUGGGGGACCCAUACAAGAACUGUUCUGGAUGUUGGAUGCGGUGUUGCCAGCUUUGGUGGAUACUUGCUUGACAGGAAUGUCAUUACUAUGUCUGUUGCACCCAAAGAUGAGCAUGAAGCUCAGAUACAGUUUGCUCUCGAACGUGGAAUUCCAGCAUUGUUGGCAGUGAUUGGAACACAAAAACUUCCAUUCCCUGAUAAUUCAUUUGAUGUGAUCCAUUGUGCAAGGUGUAGGGUCCACUGGUAUGCUGAUGGUGGAAAACCAUUAUUAGAGCUUAAUAGAGUGCUCAGGCCUGGAGGAUACUACAUCUGGUCUGCAACUCCUGUAUAUCGUCGUGGCAAAAGAGAUGAAGACGACUGGAAUGCGAUGGUUACUCUGACCAAGUCAAUUUGCUGGAGGACAGUAGUAAAAUCUAAGGAUGUUAAUAGGAUUGGUGUUGUUAUAUAUCAGAAGCCAACCUCAAAUUCUUGCUACUUUGAGAGAAAACAGAAUGAACCACCCCUAUGCCCUAGUAGGGAAGGAUCACAUUCCCCUUGGUAUGCACCACUUGAUAGUUGCCUCUUGUUACCUGCUGUGUCAAGUUCAGGUGAAGGAAACAGCUGGCCCAUUUCCUGGCCAGAAAGGCUUAACAUCAAAUACUCAACUAUAUCUGACAACGCUUCUACUCAGUUUUCUCAAGAAAAAUUUGAUUCUGACACAAAGCACUGGAAGGACCUUGUUUCAGAAGUAUAUUUCAAUGAGUUUGCAGUUAAUUGGUCUACCGUUCGCAAUGUCAUGGAUAUGAAUGCUGGUUUUGGAGGAUUUGCGGCGUCACUCAUCCACAAACCUUUGUGGGUUAUGAACGUUGUACCUUUUGAUCAUCCAGAAGCCUUGCCUAUCAUUUUCAACAGAGGUUUGAUUGGGGUAUAUCAUGACUGGUGUGAAUCUUUUAAUACAUAUCCCCGGACCUAUGAUCUUGUUCACAUGAGUUAUCUCCUUCAGGGCCUCACAAAUAGGUGUGAUAUCAUUGAAGUAGCAGCAGAAAUUGAUAGGAUACUUAGACCUGGAAAAUGGUUCGUGUUGCAAGAUACUGAGCAAGUGAUUAGAAAAAUGGAUCCAGUUCUUCGCUCUUUGCACUACAGGACUGCAAUUGUGAAGCAACAAUUUCUUGUCGCUACAAAGGGCUUCUGGCGCCCAUACAGUGCAGGUUCUGAGUCAAGAUGAUUCAUGCUUCGUCUUCUGUUGCUGUUAGUAAAAAUCAAACAACUGAUUUGAUUCUUUAAAUUCUAAUUACAUGGAUUCUUCGCAUAGCAUAGAUGACACAAAUUAGCCCCAUAUCAACGGUGAGUUCAUUCCCUCUGUUUGUAGUUAGCAGUCCAUAUUAACCAUCGGGCUUACUGAGUUGAUUCUUUUGUUUCCGUUUUGUUGUGUACAAAUUAAAGAACUUAUGGCUACAGCAAUAGCCAAUAGGUUAGCAAUAACAGAUUGUGGAUUUUGAAAGCAUGUCUUGAUUAUUCAUUGGUAUUUACCUUCGUAUA